UGCAACAGUGCCAUCUAUGGAGCUGCAGCCCCGUCCUGCAUGCAUCACGUUGCAGCCUGUGUGCGUCCAGACGCCGCCGCCUGUGGACGCGCCUGUCAUCUGGAGGAAACUCCUCCCCGCAGACAGCGCGUCCUGUCGCCUUCCCAGCGCAAUGGUCUCCUGGAUCAUCUCUAGACUUGUGGUACUUGUUUUUGGUACUCUAUAUCCUGCUUACUCGUCUUAUAAGGCUGUGAAGACAAAAGAUGUGAGAGAAUAUGUGAAAUGGAUGAUGUACUGGAUAAUAUUCGCCCUUUUUACUACAGUGGAGGUGUUUACAGAUAUGUUUCUUUGUUGGCUUCCUUUCUACUACGAGCUGAAGAUAGCCUUCGUUGUGUGGCUCCUGUCGCCGUACACCAAGGGCUCCAGUGUGCUGUACAGGAAGUUCGUCCAUCCCACGCUUUCCUCAAAAGAAAAGGACAUCGAUGAGUACAUCUGCCAAGCAAAAGACAAAAGCUACGACACAUUGGUGCAUUUUGGGAGGAAAGGACUGAAUGUUGCAGCCACAGCUGCAGUUAUGGCUGCUGCAAAGGGUCAAGGUGUUCUGUCGGACAGAUUACGGAGUUUCAGCAUGCAGGAUCUGUCGUCCUACCAGUCUGACCCGAACCAGACCGGACCCAGCGCCGCCCAGCCCGCCGCAGCUCAGCACCGAACCAGACCCAUCAUCCGCAGCAAGUCAGAGAGCCACAAGGAUUUUGACAUGAAUGAGUAUGAGGUUCUGGGCUUGGAGCAGUUGGACUCCGCAGAGUUUCUGGCUCUGCCCCAGUCCGGCCCGCUCUCCGCUCCCGCUCCGCCCGCCAGUCCUGCAGCUCAGGAGCAGACUGAGGAAGGGCCGGGGAAGGAGGUGCAGGCCACGUCGAGCUCCCCGCAGCUCAGGAUGAGCAAGAGGAGAGCUCCGGAGGUACGCAGCCUGCCUCCUCUUAGAGUCCUGAGGCCUCUCACAAGAUCCAGGAGUGCUCUUUCUUCAAACAACGAAGCCAUGUGAAGCCGUCUCCUCCAGCUGCCUUCGCUGCAACGAGUAAAAAUACCGAAUGGCUAGAAGCUCCACGACUGAAGCAGCCCUGCUUUGAAAUGCCGUUUUACCAAAGUGACCUACGAAGACCCCUAAUUCACAGCAUAUAUAUAUAUAUAUAUAUAUAUAUAUAUAUAUAUAUAUAUAUAAACCCCAGUGGCUCAUGAUGUUAAGAGGAACGAGGUUUGGUCGCUCCAUGUUGACAGACACUUUGCAUUUAAAUAUGUAUUUAUGUACAGUUUGCGUACUUUAUCUCAUGCUUUUGGUUGUUUUUAUAUAUCAGAGGUGGUUGCAUGUGUGUUCCUCGUCAUUGGUCUUAGUUUUUACGAAUGUACUUUAGAGGAAAUCAUCACCAUGGAGAAGGAACGAGACUCAAGCCGAGGACUCAAACAAAACACUGCUUUUGUUUUGUUUUAUUUAUUGUGAUUCACGAAAUUAUCCAUGCUUUCAUUGUCCACUUAUCAGACGUUUACCUCUCUCUGUCUCUUUCUCUCUCUGUGGGCCUUAAAGAAACAGAAGCCCAAAAUUAUUUGCACUAUGUCAAUAAUAUACAUCACUGCCCUCAGACAAAGUUGUGGCUCAGUUUUCUUAUCAACUAUUAUUUUUAAGAGUUUGAUUUCUUUCGUCUGUGCUUCACUACAAUCACUUUGGUUUCUAAAGACUGAAUAUUUCUUAAAAGAUUUAGAAAUUUAAAGGUGACUUAUUAUGAAAGAUUCACAUUUUGCACGUUUUUAUACUUCCAUUUGAGUCUCUACUGCUUCUAAAAAGAAAAAAAACACUCUGCCAUUUUUUGGCAAUAACUUAAUAUUUUUUGGUGUGUGGAAAAGGAGCAGUUUCAAAAACGUCCCCAUUUUUAAGUCACAUUUGCGCCACGUUGUUACCUAGCAACCCUAGCCAAGCCCAGCCCUGUUACCUGGCAACCCCAG